AUGCUGGAUGAUCCAGCUAGCCAGCACCUUAUUUGUUGGGCUGGACGCAAACUUGAGUUCAAGCUGAAUGAGCCAGAAGAGGUUGCCAGACUGUGGGGCAUUCAGAAGAAUCGACCUACCAUGAAUUAUGACAAACUGAGUCGAUCAUUGCGCUACUAUUACGAGAAGGGCAUAAUUAGUAAGGUGUCGGGUGAACGCUACGUGUACCGUUUUGCUUAUGAACCAGAAGUGCUGGCCAAACUCACUUUGGAAGAGACGCUAUCAACUGUACUUCCUCCGAAACAUGAUAAAAAGGGACCAUCAACAAACCAGUCUGUUGAAGAUGUAGUAUUUCCUCCUCCGCCGCCUUCACCAAACUCAUUUCUAUCACCUCCCAACCCACCUGUUCUACAACAGACACUAAUACCAACACCACCCCCACCACCGUUACCGUCACAACAACUUCAGACUCCAGUUCAGGGAGGGAUUUACCAACCGCAUUGGCAGGAGCACUUUGUCUACUCCAACACCAGCGAUUACGACUGGAGCGACGAUUAUGCUGCGACUGACUCUUUCAGCUACCAAACCACCAUUACAAACACCAAUCCUAAUAUCACCAAUCAUCAGUACGACUACGCCUACACCUAUGAACAAGCCAGUCAGGUUUACCGCACCGAUCCAGACGCUGACAGCUACGUCCUUUUUGAAUGUCCUGACUAUUAUCAAUAA